UCGGCCGGCUUCGCAGAGCCUCCUCCGCCCAGUGCUGCCAUGAAGGGCUGGGGACAGAAGCUGGAGCUGCUGACAGGACUGUUGCUCCAGGAAGUGACCAUGGCUAGCCUACAUGAGCAGCGGUUUACAGAGGAGAAACCUCUGCUCCGUGGACAAGAUGCUGAGAUGGAGAAUUCAGACACUUUCCUGCCUGCAGUGGACACUGACUGGAAGGAGCAUGACAUCGAGACACCCUACGGACUGCUGCACGUCGUCCUUCGGGGAUCCGCCAGAGGGAACCGCCCAGCCCUCCUGACUUACCAUGAUGUGGGGCUCAAUCACAAGCUCUGUUUCAACACUCUCUUCAACUCUGAGGAAAUGCAAGAGAUCACAAAGCACUUUAUGUUUUAUAGGUAUCAGUACCCGUCCAUGGACCAGUUAGCUGCCAUGUUGCCGAGUGUGGUCCAACAUUUUGGGUUCAAGUAUGUGAUUGGAAUUGGAGUCGGAGCAGGUGCCUAUGUUCUUGCCAAAUUUGCACUCAGCAGAAGGGUGGAGAGCCUUGGCCCCCAGGUAUGGGCUGGGCCUGGGGAUGGUUUGAUUGCCACUUACACAAGCAGGCCUGGCUCUGGGGGCUGCUUGCCAGGCCUACCUUUGCCUGUGCCAUCUCCAUGCCCACAGGAGGAGUUGGCCAAUAACAUGGAGCUGGUACAGAGCUAUCGCCAGCAAAUUGCCAGCACGGUGAACCAGUUCAACCUGCAGCUCUUCUGGACUAUGUACAACAGCCGCAGAGAUCUGGAGAUGAACCGCCCUGGCAGUGCGCCCAAUGCCAAGACGCUCCGCUGCCCGGUGAUGCUGGUGGUAGGCGACAACGCCCCUGCAGAAGAUGGUGUGGUUGAAUGCAACUCCAAGCUGGACCCAACCACCACCACUUUCCUGAAGAUGGCUGAUUCCGGAGGGCUUCCCCAAGUGACUCAGCCUGGGAAACUGACUGAGGCGUUCAAGUACUUCCUGCAAGGAAUGGGCUACGUGGCGUACCUGAAGGACCGGCGGCUGAGUGGAGGAUCAGGUACAGUGCCCUCAGCCAGCAUGACGCGCUUGGCCCGCUCACGCACAGCCUCCCUCUCCAGUGCCAGUUCGGUGGAUGGCAGCCGUCCCAGAGCCUGCACCCACUCCGAAAGCAGUGAAGCUAUGGGCCAGAUCAACCACACCAUGGAGGUGUCCUGCUGAGAAUCCCCAAUGCCUUCCUUUGGCCACCAUCUUUGUUUGGAGAGCUGUGGCCAUCCACCAUUGCAUCACUCGUCAGCUGCUGUUUAUGCCGCUUCUUGUGGCUUCCCCUUGUCUGCCCAUCUCUUCCAAUGCCAUUACAAAGUUGAAGCAGGAAGUAGCAGCUUCCUAUCUAAGGCUGCCUUCCUGUUUGUUAGAGAUGUCAUUUUAGAGUAGCCGUGUUCCCUUGCUCCAAUCUGUCCUUCACAAGCAGUCCAUUGGUUCCUGUAGCAACAGAACUGGCCUGUUUCCCCCAGAGCCUGGAGGCAAGGAGGGCACAGCUUGGGAUUGAUUGGCCUGAGGGUAUUUCCCCAUUGGAGCUUCUCUGCUUGAUGUGCCCAGCAUUUCCCCAGCAAGUCUCCGCUCCUGGCCAUUGGUGGGAUGGAAAAUGGCAGAGUUCAAGGCUAGUCUAGCCUUGUAUUUGGAAGGUGAUCUAUAGCUCAAGUGCUGAGCCAGCUGCAGCUCUGGCAGACGCUUGGACUGCAGUUGAUUCUAGCUGCUGGGUGCAGUCAUGAAGGACAAGAACUGGGACAAGGCACAAGGCUUGGGAGCCGUAGGGGCUUGUGUGGAAAGGGACUGCCUGGAUAACAGAGAGGCAGCCCCUGAUGGAGGCCUUGCUUGAGGGGCUCACAGUGGGAGCAGCAGGAGCCUCUGCUCACAGGGAAGAUCAGAUCUGUUCUAAGAAUUCUUUGAAGCCACUUGAUCGUCUUCAAUAGCCGGGUUCCCGCUCAGGGGAUCCACCUCCUAGCAGCCUUCCUGCCCCCCCCCCCAGCGGUGGGGAGGAGUGCUGACCGGGGCGGAUCAGCAGGGUCGGCACCUCCAUCGAGGCGCUUAGAUUAGAGCAGGUGGACAUCGGAGCACCACAGCUACGCAGGCAGGAACCUUCCCGCACUUCUUGCACCUCCCCCUUAACGAGGCUAGGAAAUGGGUCUAAGGGAAUAAAGACAGGCCGGGGGGAAGAUGGCAGGAGCCCCAGACAGGAAGAUCGGAAGCUCUUUAUCAUUCAAAGAGGCUGCUAGUCAGGCCGAUUCCCACGCGGCGGGGGAUAAAGAGGACUCGGCCCCCUCCGGAGGGACCGCCUGGUUCAUUUUGCGUGGAGCAGGGAGUCCCCGCGGAGAGUCUGGCUGGGCGGCCCCUUCGAGCCCCGGGCACCCGACUCUCCGCUACCCUGCGGCCUCGGGUUGAAAGGCAUCCAGCCUCCGGCCUGGAACUGGCAACCUCGAAACAGCUUCCCGGGACGGGAGGGCCGCCCCUUCCUGUUGGUGGACGGCGCCUGCUGUCCGGGGAAGACCUGUGGGGCGGGUGGUGGUGGUCCGAAGGGGGAAGGGUCUCUCCCGGCACGUCGCGUCACCGUGAUCGCGAGCAUCUUCCUUUGUCUCGUUCCGGCUCCAGGGCGGAAACCGACCGAAUUGUCAUGUUUUGCAGCGCAUUGUAGACUUGGAACCCAUUAAACAACCGCAUCUUUAUUUCA